UUUUUCAAUGAACAGAUUUGAAUAAGACAGCUUCCGCACCCCAGGCCUCAGAACUACAUUUCCUCAGGACUACAUUUCCCAUGAUCCUGGGCCUGAUUCCAAAGUGGACUCUGGAGGCGGAACUGUGUGGAAAGCCAAUGAAGGCUCUUCCACUUCAAGUCUGAGAACUGCUCUUCAUUUGGUUCCUGGUUGCUGGUCCUAAGGCGGCUCCGUAAGUGAGGUACAGUGUGAUUUGAAUAUGGAGAUAAAUCUUCUAUCAGGAGAUCAUGGACCUUGAAGCAUAUUUUGAAAGAAUUGGGUAUACAGGCCCUAGGGGGAAAUUGGACUUGGAAACAUUAACUGACAUCCUUCAACACCAGAUCCGAGCCAUUCCCUUUGAGAACCUUAACAUCCAUUGUGAAGAAGCAAUGGAGUUGGACUUGGAGGCAAUUUUUGAUCAAGUUGUUAGGAGGAAGCGAGGCGGGUGGUGUCUCCAGGUCAAUCACCUCCUGUACUGGGCUUUGACUACAAUGGGUUUUGAGACUACAAUGUUGGGAGGUUAUGUUUACAGCACUCCAGCUGAAAGAUACAGCAACAAAAUGAUUCACCUCCUGUUGCAGGUGACCAUAGAUGACAGAAACUACAUAGUGGAUGCUGGGUUUGGGCGCUCCUACCAGAUGUGGCAGCCUCUGGAGUUAAUUUCUGGGAAGGAUCAACCUCAGAUACCCUGCAUCUUCCGCUUGAGGGAAGAGGGAGGGACCUGGUGCCUGGACCAAAUCAGAAGAGAGGAGCACAUUCCAAAUGAAGAAUUUCUUAAUUCUGAUCUCCUGGAAAAGAAUAAAUACCGAAAAAUCUACUCUUUUACUCUUAAGCCUCGAACAAUUGAAGAUUUUGAGUCUGUGAAUGAAUACCUUCAGACAUCUCCACUAUCUGUGUUUACAAGCAAAUCCUUUUGUUCCUUGCAGACACGAGAAGGGGUUCACUGUUUAGUGGGCUUCACCCUCACCUCUCGAAAAUUCAAUUAUAAGGACAAUACGGAUCUGGUAGAGUUUAAGACCCUAAAUGAGGAUGAAGUAAAAGAAGUGCUGAAGAAUCUGUUCAAUAUUUCCUUGCAGAAAAAACUUGUGCCCAAACACGGUGACCGAUUUUUUACCGUUUAGAGGAAGGAGCGAAAAAUAGUCAUGAGUAUUACUUCAGGUAUUCAAAGUUGUUAUUUUUGAGAGUUUCAAACAUAUAUAAAAGUAAAGAGAAUAUAAUACUAAACUUGUCUUGUUUUAAUUACCCAGCUCAUCAACUCUCAACUGAUGGCUUAUUGUAUUCCUUCUAUACCCCCAAAUUAUGGUGAAGAAAAUUCUAGACAUUAAAUCAUCAUUUCACCCAUAAAAAUUUUAGUGCGUGUCAUUAAAUGAUAAUAUUCCAAUAAAACAAUCAUACACCUUUUCAAAAUUAAUAAUAAUAAUGGCAUUUUAUCGUUAUGGUCUGGUUUAUCCUGGAAAGCAUUGUGAUUUGUGCUGGAAAACCUUCAAAAUUUUUAAAUGUUAAAGACUUUCCAGCAUAAAUAUCAGAAAAUAUGAUAAUACAAUAUGAAGGAGAUCAUUUCCAUUGAGAGGAAGCAGUUCUUUGGAAGGUCCUGAAGGGUUAUCGUUCCUCCCUCCCUACUAGCAUUCCUUGACUUCAAGAACAAACAACCACCACCACCACUCCACCCACAAACACAUGCCUGAUAACUUGUUGUUUUUGUUGUUAGGUGCCAUCAAGUCAGUUCUGACUCAUAGUGACCCUAUGCACAACAGAG